AAAAAAAAAACAAUUCCAAUACCAAUCUAAACAUGUCAUUAUUACGCUUAUUUACAACAAAGUCUAUUUUCAGGCCAAAUACUCUGGCUACUAUUCGACCUUUUUCUUCUGCUCAAGCUUUAUUUCAUGGUAAAGAAGGAAUUGCUCGAGGAGAAGGACCUUAUACAGUUCAUUUCAUUACACCAGAAGGAGAGCAAAUUGAUGUUAAAGCAACAGAAGGAGAUACUAUGUUAGAUCUUGCGCAGCGAUAUGAUAUUGAUCUUGAAUGUGCUUGUGAAGGAUCACUAGCAUGUUCUACUUGUCAUGUCAUUUGCGAUCCAAAAUAUUAUGAGAAAAUGGAAGAACCUUCAGACGAAGAAAAUGAUAUGCUUGAUUUAGCAUUUGGGUUGACAGAAACUUCUCGUCUUGGCUGUCAAGUAGGAAUGAAUAAAGAAUUAGAUGGCAUUACAGUUCGUAUUCCUUCAGCAACUAGAAAUUUAAGAGUAGACGGCUCUAAGCCAACGCAUCAUUAAUUAAAUCUAUUAUUUAUAUAUAAUUUGUAACAAUAAUAAUCAUUUAAAAGAGGAUACCUGUCAUUUCUAUAAAUAAAAGACAGUCCAACUCUAGGGCAUUUUUUAUGUACAUCAAUAUUUUAUAUUUCUUUUUUCAAUAGUAAAAAAUAAAUAAAUAUAAAGAAGCUAGCAUAAAAGAAAAAAAAAUAUUAACUUGGAAACUUUUUAUAUAUUUUAACUCUAAUAAAUCACCCUAAUAAUAAUGAAGAAGAAGAUGAUACUACUUCUGCCGGAGAUCGUUCAUUCUUCUCUCAAUCAAACUCCGG